GUCAUCUUAAUAAUAAUUCUGUUUAUAUUGACGAUUGUACCUUUAUGUUUCGAAUUCGAUUCACAUUCGAUUGCCAAGAAUACUCUUGAUGAAGCCUGGUUAAAAGAAAUAAAUGGUUCCGAUGGGAUGUCCUUGUUCCAGAAAAAAUUUCAUUGCUGCGGCAUUAUGGGACCUCAAGACUAUCCAACUCAUAAUUUGAAUUUUUCUAAAAGCUGCUACCCCAAAAAUUCAAAAAAUGUGUUCAAAGAGGGCUGUCUAGGUUUUUUGGAGGCUUUUUGUGAGCAAUUAAGGGCUCUCAACUGGACGCAGAUGGUUAUUGAGAUUUUUGACUUUGUUUGUGCUAACGCCCUGGCAGUGAAGUUUCACUUUUUUGGCUCCUAUGAAGAAUUGUAUUAGUCUAUAAUUCAAGAGUCUACUAUUCAAGAAUUUAGAUAUUUUAGAAAAGUAACAAGUAAAAAAUGUUCUUUAGUUUUUAAUUUAUAUAUUUUUAUUCAAUUUAAAAUGAGUCCAAAAUAAAGAUAAAAAUACAAUAUAAAAAAU